AUGUUUCGAAGCCCAGAACACGCACCAAAGCACGACGUCUCCAAGCCAAUCCUAGAAAACUCUCCGACAGAUGAGCUCAAGCCGUGGAGUGAACGCAGCGACACAAUUCGGGUUAUCCUCCGCCGAAUGUCUUCCAAUCGAAAACGACCCACGAUUCUGCAAUCGCCACCUCUAGACUGUGCCUCAACGUCUGGCGAAUACGACCCUUCGUCACCGUCUGCUUCAACGUCGUCCAUUGGAGAAAGAAAUCAAGCCAAUCGUCAUUCUCUAAUUAUUCGCGGCAAGAAUACUAUUUCUCGAUUCGUGUUUGAGACAGAUUUUCGCUGUUCCGGAAAAUGUGGUGUAUGCUCCAGCUCAGAUUUGGACACAGCAUUCUCACCAUGUCGCCACAUCUAUGCAUGUCAUGACUGCGCUAAGGUUAUCCUGCGGACAACUGGCUUGUGCCCAGUCUGCAAUCACACCAUCGUUGAUGUCGACCGAUGCUGA